GUGUUGGGAGCCACGGCAGUGUUCAUCCUUUGGUGGCGGCGCUGCGUCGGUGUCUUCGCUGACCGCAGAGUUCCAUACGUGACGCCUCUGCCAGUAGUGGGCAACAUGCUGGACGUGGUGUUCUGCAGGAAGUCCAUGCCUGACAUUCUCAAUGAACUCUAUCAGAAGUUGGACCCACACCCCUAUGCAGGUGUCUUCUCGUUUACGAUCCCUGUCCUACUGAUUAGAGAUCCCGAAUUGAUACGCUCCAUCACUGUCAAGGAUUUUGACCACUUUACUGACCAUAUGAAUUUCAUCAAUGCAGAAAAGAGCAAUCCACUCGCACAAAAGAUGCUUGUCGCAUUGAAAGGAAAAGAGUGGCAUGACAUGAGAACCACGCUGAGCCCUGCUUUUACUACGAUGAAAAUUAAGAAUAUGUUCAUGCUGAUAGCAGACAUUGGACAACAAGUUGUUGCUUACUUAGAGAAACGAACAGGUGAUAUUGAUGUUUCCACUGGAAAUGAGAACUUGCUCGUACUGGAGAUGAAAGACUUCUUCACACGCAUCACCAAUGACGUCAUCGCAACGACAGCGUUCGGUAUCAAAGUAGACUCGCUGUCGCAGCCGGACAACUUGUUCUACCGGAUGGGUCGCGACCUCACCACCGUCAAAGUGAUUGUCGGCAUCGGAUACACGCUGUUUCCGAAACUCAUGCAGCUGCUAGGAAUACCAUUCAUGGACCGGACUGCAACAGAGUUUUUCAAAUCCACGGUGAUCGAAACCAUCGAGACUCGUGAAAAGCAGGGAAUAGUUCGCCCCGACGUCAUCCAUUUGCUCAUGCAGGCGCGUCGUGGCGAACUGCGCUCAGAAGAGGCGGGCAAGGACGGAAGCACCGAAGGCAAAGGAAAACGUCUGACCAAUGACGAUAUUGCGGCACAGGCAGUACUGUUCUUCUUUGGCGGUUUCGAUACGGUGUCGACGUUGAUGACUUUCUGCAGUUACUUGCUGGCGACUCACGAGGACGUCCAAAGGAGAUUGCAGCAGGAGGUGGAUGACGUCAUGAAGAAGAAUCGCGGCCAACCCGACUACGAACAGGUCAUGGCCUGCCAGUACCUCGACAUGGUCAUCUCCGAAACACUACGGAUGUACACGCCAGGUGUGGCGCUGGACAGGGUGUGUGUGCACCCCUACCAGCUGCCGGACACGGAGGUGUGCCGAGGCGUCCAGGUGAGGCCAGGCGAGAUCGUCGGCAUUCCCGUGUACUGCAUCCACCACGACGCCAGGUACCAUCCAGACCCAGAAACUUUCGACCCGGAACGCUUCAGUCCAGAGAACAAGCACCGCAUCAAGCCUUUUACAUUCCUGCCCUUCGGAUCAGGACCUCGUGUAUGUAUCGCCCAGAGGUUCGCGCUGAUGGAGACCAAGGUGGUGCUGCUGUACCUGGUGUCCAGGUUCAGCUUCCACGUGGUCGCCAAGACGCCGGUGCCUCUGCAGAUCCAGCCAAACAAUCUGACACUCUCUAUCAAGGGUGGCGCCUGGGUCGGCGUUCGGCGAAGAUCUUAAGGAAAAAUGUUCCUACACUUCAUCAUACAGAAGAGUGAGAGGAAAGGAAAUCUGAUACUUCAUUAAAUUUUAGUGGCAGUCCGCGUAUUCGACAAUCCAGGGCGUAAUCCAAAUCACAAACGUACAUCAGGCGAGGUCAAAACCGUACUGCUCAAUGGUGCAUAAGUAAAGGCUUCAGAUUUUUUAUUCGUGUCAAAGGCAUCAAUUACAAGAGAAUUAAAAGAAAUUAACAGUUAUAAAACAUGUAAGUAGACAGUGGACAUUAACAUGUAAACAUGAAAAAGGACAAAGAAAUCAAGAACUAACUUGUUUCGGUCUAAACGUGAGCUACAUUCAAAGCAUUACAGUUAGCACACAGUUAGAAGUAACUGUACAUAAAUGAACAUUCAUAAAUACACUUAAGUAAAGACUAACACACAUUGAAUUAAAUUGUCUUCGCUCAGAAACGGGCAACGUCCAGUGCGCUAGAACUGGCCAGCAUCAACUCUUCUUCGGUCCACGAUGACGGGCACAGACGGCAGUUGCGCGGGUGAGACAUCGUCUGCUCCUCUCCAUUCUCACAAGUUAAGGGUCCUCCAGCUUAUCCCCAUUUUUCAAGAGUUUUCUUACACCACUCAACAGCAGUUUGUAAUCUGCUGAGGGACUUCCAGGUACACCAGCUCUCAUUGUCACCGGGAGGUAGUUCUUCUUUUGGUUGUCUACAGCCUACAGGAGCAGUCUCUACUCUCUUUCUCCAUAUGUCUAGCCUUUGGUUUGUGUUGUUGUUGUUUACAUAGAACCUUACUAAACUUUUUCUGGACCUCAAGUGAGACAGUGCUGGCGAAUGGCCAAAUAAUGGGUGAGUGUCAGAUGUCAAGGCUCUAUGUCCUUCUGCUUGAGCAGCUGCUUGACGCCUGAUGUCGGGCGGAGAUAUAUCUGAUAGACGAUACAGGCACCCAGUGAUUACUCGGCACGUCUCAUUCAAAGCGAAGUCCACGGGCCUAGCAUGGCAGGAGUUAUGCCAGACAGGCCCUGAAUACUCGACCGCAGACUAGCACAACGCCAAAGCCCAAAUCCGAAUAGUGACUGGCUGUGCAAUCCAGUUAGAUGCCCUUAGUUUUCCUAUAAUAUAAUUCCUUGCGGACACUUUCAUUUUGGUGUUCUGACAAUGCGUUUUGAACGUUAGGGUCUAAUCUAAGGUCACCCUAAGAUAGUUUGCGGAAAAUGAAUGUUCAAGUUGAGUGCCAUUCCAUGAAAUAUUUAGUUGUUGGUUGGUAUGUCUGUUUUUUAGGUGGAAAGGACAGACUUGUGUUUUCGUGGGGUUAGGCCUUAUUAUUUUUGUAGAACCGUCCUAGUGCUUCCAGUGCUUCAGACAGCUUAUUUUCGGCGCCAUGGAAAUCCUUUCCCUGGAUGGGUAAUGCGAGAUCAUCCGUAUACAGAAAACUCCUUUUGUACAGCGGGAGUAGUUGAUCAUUCAUAUAAAUAUUAAAGAGUAUAGGGGCCAGAACACUGCCUGUUCCCCUGCAGUCUCCAUCUACUGCGCCGUUUUUGAAAUUCCACGAAAAAUCUCCUGUUGCUAAGGAAGUUGGUCUUGUUGUGGCACAGUCUUUUCCUCUGCACAGUCUGAUUCAUUCUUAGUUGAAGUGUGGUAAGUCAUGGACGUAUUCAGUAGUGCUACGUUGACUUGUGCUUGUAUCUGUUAAGUAAAGGGUAUGGUAAGAACAGGAAGGACGAAUAUGACGUCUACAUUGAAAGGUGAAAUGAAUAUGUAUGUAUUGCAUAAUGUUAUUUUUGAAGAGUGGUAGUCUGAGGUAAGAUAGAAGCAUUGUGCAACUAGGAACAAUUAUUGUCAGCUAGUUAACUUACUCACAGCUCAGAAAUAGGCCACCACACUUCCUUGAGUCAUGCGUCAACAUAAUUAUUGCUUAAGCUGUUUGACGCUUAUAGAAAUUCUAUAUUAACAUUGGAUCGUUUUUAAAUCACUGUUCACUUUGUUAAGCGUAGUAUUUCUCAGACCAAUGCUAUGUUUUAAGACCAUGCGAAGUUUCACUCUAUCUUUUUGAGUAUAUACUUCAUUCUAAAAUCGUUGUCUUGGAAUAUCGUUUCAUAGGAAUAGCUACUCUCACCACCUCACUGUUUAUCAUUAUCCAUUUCCGUAUGCAACAGUUUUAAUAUAUACUUACAAACAAAAAUCCGGCUUAGCCGCAGCCUGCUCGCUGUUUGCUGUUGUGCUUUCGAGAAAUCUGCAACAAUAUUGUCAAGACCCGAGGUAAGUGGAAAUUUUGACAAGGGUCAGAUAAUUGUUUUACUUCAGUUGCGCAUUUAACAUAAAGACAAGUUGCAUUCAAAUCAGUUACAGUACAGUUCAUAUUAGGUUCUUUUUAGUCAAAGUUAAGCAUAUGAGUUUAAAUUGGAGAACCGUUUGUGAGGACAUAAUUUUUGGUAAUACGUAGAUUUUAUGGAGUGGGAGGUAAAGAUGGGCUAAAUUCCAUACAGAAAUAAAAUAUAGUCGGGAGGUCACAUAUGUCGAUAUUUCUGCCAGUUACUUCGUUGGUUCUUUUGGUACGAAAAGCUACUGCCAAAACAGUAUCCAAACCUUCUGUCAGAAAUUUUCUACGGGAAGAUGGUCACAUUUAUAUAGUCAUUUCCGACAACGGUCCACAAUUUCGCUCAAAUAUUUGGCACGCACUUCACGACAUCACAAAAUUAGACCCAUCUCUAUGUUACACUAUUAGCCUCAGUCCAGUCCUUACCAUACCCUUUAUGCCCAUAAAUUAACCAGCUGUGCAGAGUAUAUUGUCAUCGUCAGCACCAGACUUGGGACAAACACAUUCACACAUUCCGAGAUAUCCUUAAUGAGUUGCCACACGAUUCUAAAUCGUUAUCUCCGUUACUUACACUCAAAAAUCAACAACCACAAGAUCGUAUCAGGGAUUUAAUACCAUUUACAGCUUCAAAACCAUUACAACAUAAGGAAGCAGUAGAUACAGCGCUAAAAACACAUCAGAAAGGCUGUAGAAAGAAGAAAGAAAUCUCAGUAGGGACAAGUAAGCAUCAAAUAGCUAUACGUUGGACACAAAAUUCUGGUAAAAUCUCACUCUUUAUCUUGUAAAACCAAUUCUUAUAUAGGGGGCCUUACAGGAUACGAACAAUUAUACACGACAACGUUGUGGAAAUUGAACCGAUUCAGGCACACAAGAGCAAGGGACUUCAUCAUGUCUCACAUAUCAAACCAUAUGUAGAAUACUCCUACAUACUAAAGUUAGACCCAGACGAGAGAACUACGUGUCACCUGUUACUACAGCGCACAGCAACAGUUAGCGGUAAACAAUGUUAUUGCAUCUGAUGCCAGAUCGACUCCCGUCGCGCAGCAGGCAACUUUUGACAAGAAUCGGGCGACUGUCUUCGAGCAACAAACUUCAUUUAUCGUUCAACAACUCGAGCGAUUUGCUGCCAUGACGCAUACGCUAAACAAUCUGCUAUGAACGUCGAAAUUUCACGUAGAGACUGAAUAAAAGUAAAUAAUUUCUAAUAAAAUGAACAUUUAGAUUAUUUUUUAAACCAGUUCUGAGAUGUUACACAGGUAGUCAGCAAUGUGUUGUUCACUUGAGAAAUACAUUUAUAAUAAUACAGAAUUUAACACAGUCUACCAAUUUUGAUGACAGAUACAGACUGGUUGUGAGAUAGUGAUGCUGUGUGUACGGAAAUGUAAUAUUUACAAUGAUAGCUAUGAAGUGUCCUUUAUGUGGAAAUAAGUGGACGAAAUCAGAGCAGGGAAUUGUUAUUUUAAGCUUAUAUUGAGGCGAAGACAGUGAAUAUGAUUAAUGUUGUAAUAGGAUAAUGAAAUUUAUGUUGGUAAGGUACAUGAGAUGACAAUUAUGAGAUUUAUGAUGCAUAUUGCAAUAGAAUGAGGCAAUGAUUAUGAUGAUUAAUGUACAGAAAGAGUGAGUGAGCAAUGGUUUGGCCAAAGUGAACCUUUUUCUUGUUAUAGUUCAUUUUAUGCACUGUGAAUGUAUUUCGUGUUUAUAAGCAUAAAAGGCAAGUUUUUGAAAAGAA